AUGGAAGCCGCUAACCUUUCAGUGGCCACCGCCAGCGUUGCCCUUGCCCUGGGACCCGAGACCAGCAGCAGUAGCCCAAGCCCGAGAGGGAUACUCAGUUGGACCCCGAGUGGUGCCGUCCUGUCGGGUCGGGGGCCGCCCUUCUCUGUCUUCACUGUCCUGGUGGCGACGCUGCUAGUGCUGCUGGUCGCCGCCACUUUCCUGUGGAACCUGCUGGUUCUGGUCACCAUCCUGCGGGUCCGUGCCUUCCAUCGCGUGCCGCAUAACUUGGUGGCCUCGACGGCCGUCUCGGACGUACUAGUGGCAGCGCUGGUGAUGCCACUGAGCCUGGUGAGUGAGCUGUCGACCGGGCGACGUUGGCUGCUGGGCCGCAGACUGUGCCACGUGUGGAUCUCCGACGUUCUGUGCUGCACCGCCAGCAUCUGGAACGUGGCGGCCAUCGCCCUGGACGGCUACUGGACCAUCACGCACCACCUGCAGUACACGCUGCGCACCCGCCGCCGCGCCUCGUUGCUCAUGAUCGCGCUCACCUGGGUGCUGUCGGCGCUCAUCGCCCUCGCGCCGCUGCUCUUUGGCUGGGGCGAGGUGUACGACGCUCGGCUCCAGCGCUGCCAGGUGAGCCAGGAACCCUCCUAUGCAGUCUUCUCCACCUGCGGCGCCUUCUGCCUGCCGCUUGGCGUGGUGCUAUUUGUCUACUGGAAGAUCUACAAGGCGGCCGAGUUUCGUUUCGGCCGCCGCCGGAGAGCUGUGCUGCCGUUGCUGGCCACCAUGCAGGUAAAGGAAGCACCUGAUGAGGCUGAAAUUGUGUUCACGGGACAUUGCAGAGCAACGGUGUCCUUCCAGGUGAGCGGGGACUCCUGGCGGGAGCAGAAGGAGAAGCGAGCAGCCAUGAUGGUGGGAAUUCUGAUUGGCAUGUUUGUACUGUGCUGGAUCCCCUCCUUCCUGACGGAGCUCAUCAGCCCACUCUGUGCCUGCAGCCUGCCCCCCAUCUGGAAAAGCAUAUUUCUAUGGCUUGGCUACUCCAAUUUUUCUUCAACCCCCUGA